CCCUCCGCCCUGCAAAUCGCGCAGGUUCAGGUUUCACGCUCUGCAUGUCGCGUUCCAGUGACGUCACGCGGCUGCGCGCAGCGUGCGGGGAGCGGGAAGGUUUGAUUCUGGAACGGAUCGGGCGCGCUCAGCAUGGAGAGGUAAUGAUACCGAGAGCUCCUCGGCGGAGCUUUGACCCUCAAUGAAUCUACCGAGUCCUGUCUGUAGUCCAGCUCGGUCCCUCCCUCCCUGUUCCCGCUUAUUACCGGUUACCUAUCGGGUGUUCACUCAUAGCUCCCUCUAAAUCCAAACUCCCAGCACUACGUGGCAAAUCCCCUGUAGCCUCUGUUAUAGGUUAUAUAUCCACACUACCCCCCUCCCCAUAAUAAUAAUAAUAAUAAUAUAUCACAUACUGUCACUUUAUUAUAAGGGCUCUAUUCAUUUACCCUCUUUUAUACAUAAGUAACAUACUUACAUCAUUAUUUAUAACCUUUACUGAUAAAAAAACAAAAACACUCAUCUGGUUAUUUUUUUGUUUUAGUGUUUUAUUUUUAUUUAUUUUUUAAAUAAAUUUUUAGGGGAUGACUUAUCGAUUUUUUUCUGUUGCUGCUGGUUACAUUUUUGCUCUAUUGUUUCAAUUAUUAAAAAAAAAAAAAAAAUUAGAAAGCAUUAAGGAGCAAUCUAACCUUUGCCCUUUCUCAAAUAAAGCAAUGUUUAGGCUGUAUUAUUUUUGCACCUGAACAGUUUUUCUUAAGCUGUAGUAGUUCUGAUGCUAAAAGUGUCAACACACUAGGCAUGAUUCGAGAUAGAUAGAUAUAAUUUACUGUAUAUAUCUAUAUCUCGAAUCAUGCCUAGUGUGUCCUGUAACUCCUCAGCGGUUUGGUUGUUAACUUAUCGGUCUAUUGCACUCCACUUCCCACAAUUUAAUUCAAAUCGUAUUUUUAUUGAAAGAUAUGCAUGGACAAUUAUGCCCACUGUAGCUAUAUGUGCUGUACCAAGCACUGAGUAAAUUAUAGUUUAUGAGAGUGUUAUGCAAAGCAGUGGGGGAGAUUUAUCAGUGUUCAGAAACGUAAAAGUUCAAUAAUGUCGUUUUUAUUGUAAUUUUUUUUUUUUUAAGUGUUCUAAAAUGGACUGUUUUCCUCUAGAAAUGUUCAUGACUGCCAAAUUUAGAGUGGUGGAAGGGAGAAGUUAAACAAAACACUUGUGUUUGGAAAAAGUGGCAGAAAGAUUGAUAAAUCUGUUGCAUCUUUGUUUUGACUGUGUUGGAAUUUCAGUGAAAUACUAACACAGUCUAUGUGAAGAUUUUCUUCUUCUUAACUUUUUUUUUAUAUAGUGGGGGAUGGGGUUUGACAAAGCCACUUCUUUCUCUAUUCUUUCUUCUAAGUCGUGGUGUAGUGAAUAAGUACAAAAGAGAGAAACCAUACAAGUAUAGAACCAUACACAGCAUCAACAAAAAAAGAAAAUGCUUUAUUAAAGUAGCUCUCUCUAUGUUUCUAUUUACUUUUUUCCCCUACUAAGCCCCCCAAUACUUUCCAUUUAGCUAAGGACCAGUUUUGCUAAAAGGAUACUAGUCACCAGAACAACUACAGGUUAAUGUAGUUGUUCUGGUGUGUAUUGUAUGUCCCAACAGGCAUUUUAAAGUAAACACUGCCUUUUCACUGUUUACAUUGCUGCCUAGGAACAUCUCUAGUGGCAGUCACUCAGACAUCCUUCCCGGGGCAGGGCUGCACAUCGUGUAGCACUGACAUUCAGCACCUCCACGCUCUGCAUGGAGAUUCUGAACGUUCCCUAUAGAUAUGCAUUGAUUUAAUGCAUCUCUAUGAGAUGCUGAUUGUCGCAGAGCAGCGUUUUGCCAUGUAUGCGCAAUAUACUCCAAAUGCUUUCCUAUGGGAAAGAAUUGGAUUGGCUGAGAUCGUCAGUUUUGAAUGAUCUCAGCCAAGGGGGCUGAGCCAGCAAUGUCAAUCCCGAGUGUCGCUGGCAUAAAGGUAUGUUUUUUUUUUUUUUUUUUUAUCUUUGUCAAUUUUUAUUGAGGUUUUAUAGGGGUACAGAAGAGAAUAGGGAUGGGGGAGCAGUGGUAACGUGAAGUAUCUCAUACACAUUGACCUGAAGACAGUGUACACAUUUAUCAUACACGGCUUGCUUUCAUACAAUCAUUGUGUUACAUCGUGUUGCCCUGAUUGGGUCUGCCGAUUAGUGUCUACCCCAUGCCAUGAGAGGGGGGCUCACAUUGGUCCCUUCCGGGGUAGCAGUCGUCUGGGUUUGUGUUUGGUGCUGGGUGUAGAGCCUUGGUGUUCCAUAUACCACUGGGGUGGGGGGUGAACCGUGGAAGAGGAUCAGAGUAGGGGACGGAAGGAAGGGGGGAGGAGAAUGGAGGGGGGAAGAGGGUAGGGCUCUCCUAGGUAGUCGGCAGUGUGUGGUCGUUUCUGCAGGACUAUCUGUCCUACGUGCGUUUUAUUUGAGUUGCGGCAUUAUCGUUGUGUUUGCAGUCUCCAGAAUUAUUUACAUUUACAUGUACAUUUACAUUUAAGUUUUUACCCUUUGUUACAGUUUCGUUGUUGAAGGGGCACAGCUGUCGGUUUGUAGAUCCCUGCCACCGUCAUCUCAAUUGGGGGGUUAUAUUAUUAUUACGCUCCAUGUACAGUUGCCAGGUUUCCCAGGCUUGUGACCAAACUUUUUUGGAGUGGUUUGAGCGUCUAGCUGCCAGCUCGUAGAGCUUAGUUGUUUCUAUCGUUUGUAUGCAUUCUGAUAUUUUGGGUGGGAUAGUAGAUUUCCAAUGUCUGCUAAUGACUGUGAGCGCAGCUAUAAGUAUGUGAUAGAUUAAGUAUUUUUGCCUGCUCCGCAGCCCCUUUGGGAAGAGGUGGAGGAGGUAUAUUUCUGGUUUGCGGGGUAGUAGCGUUUUUGUGCUGUCUUGGAUAAUGGUGGUUAUGGUAUUCCAGUAGGGUGUUAAGGAGGGGCAUUCCCACCAAAUGUGGAGCAUUGUGCCCUUGUGUUGUUGGCAUCUCCAACAAAUAUCGGAGGCCUGUGGAUAGGUGGCCUUUAGGCGUGUGGGUACUAGGUACCACCGGUAUAAAAUUUUCCGGGAUAGUUCCAUGUGGGAGGCACAUUUGGAGAGUGAAUUGUGUGCCAGGAGAAUCUCAUUCCAUUGUUUUUCACCAAGAGCAUACGUGAAUUCCCUCUCCCAUGCGGCUAUAAAGGAAAGGUUUUUGGGGGAUGCAUAGUCUGGUAUAGUUCAGAGAUGAGUUUUUUGGGGGUUGCGAGACGUGAGCAUAUUUUCUCUACCACCGUCAGCUGUGGCCCCUGUAUAUUGUCAUUUCCUGUUAUAGUUUGCUUGCGGAGCCAUGAGUGCAACUGCAUGUAGGGGAAAGAUGCCAUCGGAGUCAGAUUAUAACAUGCUGUUAAGUCUGCGAGACUUCUGAGCUUAUGUUCCUGGAGCAGCUGGUGUAAGUGUGUUACUCCGUGCUGAUGCCAUAUGGUGUAGUUAAAAUUAGGUAUUAUAUAGUGUAGUGUUUGUAUGGGCAUGGCAGGCGAUAUUUUGCCCAGCCAGCCCAAUGUGCGGCAGUACUUGUCCCAUAUGGUCAGAGUGAGGGCUGUGGUUGGGAGAAAUUUUGCCUUAGUAGGCCUGCUGUGCUGGGGAAGCCAUGCCAGUACAUUGAUGGGUAUGUUAUUAGCAUGCUGCGCCUCCAGUUCCAUCCAUUGGGUUGGGUGGUCUCGAUGGCAAGCCGCUAGUAGGGGGCCCAGAAUGGCUGCUCUGUAGUAGCUGUCUAAGUUGGGCACUCCCAUUCCCCCAUUUUUGCGUGGCAUGUAUAGCGUGCUUUUCGCUACCCAUGCUUUUUGUCUGUCCCAUAUAAAAGUUAGUAUUGUUUGUUGAGCAUCUCGUAUGAAUGUGGGGGGUAUCUUUAUGGGUAAUGUUCUAAACAAGUAUUGCAAUUUAGGUACAAUGAUCAUUUUAAUUGCGGCAAUUCUCCCUGACCAAGAUACGAAUUUACUCUUCCAUCCUAGUAGUAGGUUUUUUAUUUCAGUCAGUGUUUUUUGAUAAUUUAUUUUAAAAAGGUUUGCUAGGUUUGGGGUGAGAUUGAUUCCUAAGAAUUUUAGAUGGUCGUUUCGCCAGUCGUAUUUAAAAGAGAUACGCAGCCUAUCCAAGACCUCCAUCGGGAUAUUUAUGCCCAUUGCUUGGGUUUUAUUUAUAUUAAGUUUGUAGUAGGAGCACUUGCUAUAUUGGGUGAGCGUAUCGUGGAAGUUAGGUAGGGAUAUGUGUGGUUGCUCGAGUGUUAAGAGGAUGUCGUCCGCGAAAAGUGUGAUUUUAUGUUCCUUGCCUUGUCUCAUAAUGCCGUGUAUGUUUGGGUUGUCCCUAAUGAGUUGCGUGAGAGGUUCUAGCGAGAGAAUAUAAAGGAGAGGCGAUAGUGGGCAGCCCUGUCGUGACCCAUUGGUUAUGUGGAAUUGUUUAGAACUAAAGCCCCCAUUGGUGACUUUCGCUGUCGGUUUAGAGUAUAAUGCCCUUACUAACCGUAGGAAAGUGUCUGGGAAGCCAUAUUUGAUCAGAACAGCUUGGAGGAAGGGCCAAUGCAAUCUGUUGAAGGCUUUUUCAGCGUCAAGUGACAGCAUAACGCACUGGGCCCCCCCUCCGCUUCCUCCCUGUAGUAGGUCCAAGAUCUUUCGGGUUCCGUCCGCUCCUUGCCUACCACUAACAAAUCCCACCUGGUCCUCAUGUAUUAGGGUCGGGAUAAUGUUCGUUAAUCUGUUAGAGAAAAUUUUUGCCAGUAAUUUGAUGUCCGUAUUAAGGAGGGAGAUUGGUCGUAGAUUUUGGCAUUUGUUAGGUGGUUUGCCUGGUUUUGGCAAUGUAGCCACAUGUGCCAUGAGCAUGUCUUGGGGCACUUGGCCCGUCGUGAGGAUAUGGUUAAAGGUUUUGUCCAGAUAUGGGGUCAGGAUUGUGGUCAUUGUCUUGUAAUAGGAGUUUGUGAGUCCAUCGGGUCCCGGUGAUUUGCCAUGGGGGAGUGAGUGUAUAGCUUGUUGUAUUUCGUCUUGUGUGACUGGGUGUUGUAGGAUAGUUUUCUGAUGUUCCGUCAGUGUUGGCAGCGAGAACUGUCCAAGUAAAUUUUGAAUUUCCUGGGAUGUGGGGUCUUCUUUGAGGUUGUAUAAUGAGUGGUAAUAGUCUGCCAUAGUAUCAUUAAUAUCUUGUGGGUUGUGGAUUUUAGAGCCUUGGGAUGUGAGCAGAUAGGGGAUUUUUGCGUUGGAUUGUUUUUGACGUAGUAAAGUCGCUAGAUUCCUGCCUGCUUUGUUUCCUUGUGAGUAGGUUUUUUGUUUCAGCUUAUGUAAAAUGUGUGCUGUUUUAGAAAUUGCCAUGUUGUUGAUACUCGUUGUGGUGUCUUGGAUUAUCUGUGCUAGUUGUGGUGAUGGGUCUGCUAUGUUUGCCGCUGUUGCGUCUCUUAAAGUACGCAGCAGAUGUAAGUGUUCUUGUUGUGCUUUCUUUUUUAAAAAGGAGGCUCUGCUGAUGAGUCCUCUGAUGACCGCUUUAUGGGCUUGCCAUACAGUGGUUGGAUGGACAUCCGGCGUAUCGUUAGUUUGGAAAUAUGAUGUCAGGGCUUCUGUUAAUGUUGUAGUGAAUGUCUGGUCACGUAGGAGGGAAUCAUUGAGCCGCCACGGUGGCCUUCCCCUAUGUUGGUAUUCCUCAGUCAGCCCUACUAUGGUCGGGGCAUGGUCUGACCAUGUUAUGUCCCCGAUUUCGCUGUUUAUUACUCUGGGAAGCAGUGUACCUGUUAUGAAAAUGAAGUCUAUCCGUGAAUAUGAUUUAUGCACUGCUGAAUAGAACGUGAACGUUUUCUCAUUAGGAUGGAAGGCUCUCCAAGGGUCGUAUAGGCCAUAUUCCCCUAGCAGUGUAUUGAUUGCUUUACUUUGUGCUUUGAGUGCUUUGUGCCUCGGUGUCGUGGUGUUUAGUGUGGUGUCCAUGUGUGGGUCAAGAGGGUGGUUUAGAUCUCCACAUAAUAUAAGUGGGGCAGUCUGGUUAGGUGGGAGUGCUGAGAGCACCUUACGUAGGAAGGCGCGUUGGUGUACGUUAGGAGCAUAGAAGCCGACUAUGAUAUAUGGCAGGUUAUUUAGGAGGCAAUGUAGCAUUACAAAUCUUUCUUGUUUGUCCUUAAUUAGGUUUAGGGCUUCAACUGUUAAGGAGGUAUGGAGAAGGAUUGAGGCCCCUCUCGAUUUGGAGGAGUCAGUUGCGUGAUAUUGGUGAGGGUAAUGUUGUGCGCCAAAGUUAGGCACCCUAGAUGUAACAAAAUGGGUCUCUUGUAGACAGAUAAUGUCCGCCUGAGUCUGUUUGGCUUCCUCCAGCAUCAUGCGCCUUUUAUGUGGGGUGUUCAGUCCCCUGCAAUUGUGUGAAUAUAUUUUCAUGUGGUGGGUGAUAAAGGGUGUUCGUUUGCAGUUCUGCUAUGCCUAUAUGGAGUUGCAGACGUGACAGGGUUCGUAUGAUGCACCGCUUAGACGGCGCUUGUGCGACUACGUUAUUGCACCCGGGGGUGGGGGGUUCGGGAAUGACAGAGGGAAGGGGUAAAAGAAACCAAAGUAUAUACAAUUUGACCCAAACGUGGGUCUUGGCACAGUGGCAUUGUGCCAUGGGGGAGGAACGCUGAAACAGCGUCUCUAGUAUUGUGGCCGUUGGGCUCCCUUGUGUACAUAGUUGCUGUCUCUCCUCAGAGCUAUAAGUCGAUAGCGACCUAGAUAUUGUGCAUGGCAUUCUCAGUGCUGGCAUGUGGGUAUGGGUGAGAAAAACAAGCCGGACCCAAGGGAAGGUUUAGCGGGGCAGUGUGCAGGUCACCGCUUUGGUGCCUGUCGUGGGUAUCCCACUUGUCGUGUCGGUCUUUAUGGUGGGGUGUGUUUCUCCCAUCGUAGCUGAUGGGUGUGGUGAUCCAGGCUACGUAGUGAGGCGGGGCGGUGCGGUUGUAGUGGGUUUGACCUACUCGUUAAAACGAUAGUGGUUUAUAUGGUGUGGUUUACAUAAUCAUUGCGCACUUUUGUACAUUCUUGGAAUACCAUUCUUAUGUAUGCAUAACCUCAACCUUGUACUUAACAUUUAGAUAUUAGGAUCACCUCUGACUACUGGUCUUUUCUAUGCCUAUACCAUGCCGCCCUUCCUUGUUGCCCGAAGUUUGCCCUGGUUAUCACCCAUGGGGGCACCCCACCCGCCCACAUCCAACAAACCAUGCAGAGUGUGGUACAAUUGUGUGGUAAAUAAAAUGCUAAUCAAAGCAGUUGAUCACAUGAAAAAAAAAAAAAAAGGAAAAACUUAAACUAAACUUGUGAUAACAAGCAGUACAUAUUAAUAUCUCACGUGUCCCUGGUUAUGGCCUGGACAGCCUAGUCCCUCGGGUGGAUCAUGGCGAUUUGUUCCGUGUUGAGGCCUGGCGCCAUUCUGGUGUCAGACGUCUUGCUGGACUUGCUUGAGUUGUGGGGGGGGGGGGUUUGUAAGGAGCCCCCAGUCUCUCAACAGUCGGGUGCCUUCGUCCGGCGUGGAGGCCACGUUGAUCUCGCCGUUUUUAGUAAUUAGGAGUUUAGUGGGGUAUCCCCAGCGGUACCUUAUUCCCGCACGACGCAAUUCUUCUGUCACCAGUUGGAAAUCCCUCCUGCGCUUGAGAGUCGCCGCGGACAGGUCUGCUAGGAUCUUGAUCGUGGCAUAGUUUUCAUGUGGUUCUGAGCGGAUUCUGCUGGCGCGCAGUACUGCCUCUUUUAUGUGGUAGUAGUGUGCCCUUAGUAGGACGUCACGAGGGAUAGUGCCAGGCAGAUUGCGUGGUUUGGGCACCCUGUGUACCCGGUCUAUUAGGAACAUAUCCGUGGGGAUGUCCGGAGCGUACGCCCUCAGAAGGCCUUGCACAUAGGCUGGUAGAUCAUUAGGCAUAACGCUCUCCGGGACUCCUCAUAGCCGGAGGUUGUUUCUCCGCGAGCGGUCCUCAGCGUCAGCCAUACGCGCCUCCAUUGUUUCGAUUUUUUUGUUCCAGCCGCGCUACAUGGUCGGCCAUGUCGUUGUGCGCUGUUGCAUACUCGCUCAUCUUAUUUUCCACGUGAGUGGUUCGUUGGCCUAUGUCCUGGACUUCCUUGCGGAGUUGUCCUAUGGAGGAUUGCCAUGUUUGUAUAAGUUUGUUGGCCAUGGCUUCCAUCGCUGCAUCCAGGUGUGCCUUAGUUAGUUUGUCCUGGCUACCUUGAUAUGCGCCCGUGAGUGGGAUGUUUCCCGCCGUUUGUUCGUCGGCGCCAUCUUGGAUUGUGCCGCGGUCGGUUUCAGAGCCGCUCGCGGCUUUGUGGUUGAAGAAAUUGAGUUUUUCCGCCUUCUGUGUGCUCUACUUCCCUUUGGGGAUCGCCAUCUCGUGUGUGUUGAGGGUUUUAUAAGCCCUGGGAGACGAUGUCGUCGGAUUACUGGAGCCCGGGUGCCGGAGCAAUUUCCUAGGCUGCCAGGUUGCUCGGCGGUCGGCCACGCCCCCAUAAAGGUAUGUUUUAACCAUUUUUAACUGAGCGGGGUGGCACUAUAGUGUUCCUUUAACGUUUUUAAUUAUCUGCUGGUUUUGCCUAGGAGAUAUAUGCUGCCAUCUUUGAAUUUCUCCCUUGGUACUUGCCUGCACUCUCCUCCUCUGACUUUCAUCACUGAUCACUGUCCUCCUCUUUUCUGUUUUUUUGUUUUUUUUUGUUUUUGUUUUUGUGUGUUUUGUUUUGUUCUUAACACUGCCUCUAAUGUGCGGUGAUGCAGGAAUACAUGUUUUACCACUAGAAUGCAAACAUCGGUGGGUACAUACUGCCCUUCGUAGUGUAGUGGUCAGGUUCCGUCGACAUCAAUCUUUAUUUGCUUUUAACCUACAUAGACAGCCCUCGUUUUGGGCAGGGAGGAAAUAGAGAAACAAAAAGGCAGUUGCAGGAAAUGGCAAUGCAAGAAAUGGUAGAGAUUAUAAAUGUCAGUUUUUGGGGGGUUUUCCCCUCUUUUUCUAACCACUAGAAUGUUUUGUGGUGGUUAUUGUGCUUGAUGCUCCUGGAUAUUCAGUCAAACCAUUGUUGAGCAAAUGUGAGCCAAUUGCACAUGUAGCUGCAGGACUCUUAGCUUAAGAAAUCUCUCCAUGUUUUGUUAUAGAAAAGUACUUCAGUUGUGGUCAUGGUUUUUCUAUCUGUGACACCUUGCAGUUUAUUGAAAUAGUUCUGUGAUGUCUCUUCCACCCCCUCCCUCCCCCCCUAUGUUUGCUUAUAUGGAUUUAGUAGUCCAUACUAUUGCACCCACUAAUACACACUACAAGAAGAGGCGCAGAGUACUUGUUCUUGACUUUUUUUUUUUUUCUCCUACUAAAAGUUGAUGGCUGUAACAGUCUGUCACAUUUUGACAUUCCUCCUUCAUUCUCAUUUUAAUAUAUGUCUGGAUGAGAGAUUAUUUGUAAAGCAUUUUAUGAAGCCAUCCCCAAUGUGUAAUAAUAUCUUUCAUUGAUCUGCUCUAGGAGGGCUCUUCGGGAAAUCCCUGCUUCCAGCAGGAAUGGGCCAAAUUUGAACUGGUCAUGGACUUCAAGAAAGAGUGUGGAACUGUUUUCUGGAAUGGGGGUCAGUCCCAUGGAAAAGGAUCCACAAGACACAGAAAACACACCCCGGGACUUAAUCAUGAAAAUGACACCCCCUCAGAAACGGGCAGCACCACGGGAGAAAGACGAUACGUUUGUGCUUGCUAGACGUCCCAGGUUUUCCAGGCCAGUUAAGCCAGGUAAAUUUAUUUAUACUGAAUAAAUUUAUACUGAAUAAAUGCUCUGCUACUGAGUUAGUAAAGAUUAGAGAUAUGUAAUAAUACAUUUUAGAAUUCAGGGGCAUGUUGAUAUGUAUUUUAGUGAGAUCUGGAAUUAACAGCAAGAGAGAGUUUUAUUAAUACCAAAACAUAUGUAUGACACAUUUUCUUACUUUAUAUCCCCAUAGCCAUGUCAUGGCAUGCAAUUCCAGAUGAGCUGCUACUGAAUAUUUUUUCGUACUUACAUCUGACUGACCUUCUCAGGGCAGCUAAUGUUUGCAAGAGAUGGAAUCGGCUUUCGUAAGUAUUUUAUCUAUUACUACAUUGUAACAGGGAUUAUGUAUUGUAGAUAUUUAGAAGAAACAUAGCUGCUUUUUUAUUAUUUAACAUAUUAAAUCACUCCUAUAGCAGCCCUGUCAAUGAUAACCGUAGGUCUCCUUCUUCUACCCUUGGGAAUAGACAUCCUGUUAAAUUAAGCAAUGUAAAGCUCAAAUAUAACUAAAAAUAAAUAAAAUCUAAAAAAAAAUAUCAAGUAACCACAGUGGCCUCUCUAUACAUCUGUUUCAGCUUCCUGUAAGACUGUUUUUUGUGCCAGCCAAUCUUACUUUUCUUUAGCUAUGAUCUAGGAGUUCAAAUACAUUCCUCCUACUAUUAACUCAGGAAAUAGCUCCAUAAUUGUUUAGGAACGUAUUGAUGAACUUAAAGGGCUAGCCUGAUGCACUCCGUCCAUAGGUCAACCUUUUGUAUUAAAGGGUUACUUAAAACAUCAUAACCACUACAGUCCACUGUAGUGGUUUUGGUGCUAGGAGCGUCCAAGCGCUGUUUCCUACUAGAAUGGCAAACUAUUUAUUUAUCAACAUUUCUGGUCCCCCUUCUAAUAGAUGGUGAUGUGCUCAACCCCAAAGGGAAUCUGGUCUUGAUUUCAGAUUUACAAAGUAAAAGCAAAAUGGAAUUGGGGCACCCCCGGAACAUGCUUCUUGCAGGGAUAGUGCUGCCGUAGUGACCAAAAUAUAUCCUGCCUUUUUUCUGCCUCAUAAGAUAAUUUUGUUAAAGGGGCACUGUACAUUUCGUACCCAGUAUUGCUCAUUGUAGUAAAUCGACCGCUAUGAAUAGCUUGCAUGUAUUUCUAUUGCCCAAAACAAUACUGAGUUCCAACCCGAAUGAAAGCAGAGUGCAUGUCUGUAAUUCUAUGUUUAUUGUAAAGAACGCGUACUCGUAUUGAUGCCUUUGUCUAGAUCUUCUGUUAUACCUUUUUAUUUCCAAGAGAGAAUGUGCUUCACCUCGAUUGUGAAGGUAUCCAUGUAGUGAAACUGUUGUUUGUCUCUGGUCUCUCCUUUCAGGUGUGACGAGUCACUCUGGUACAGCCUUGACUUAUGUGGCAAACAUUUGGCAGAUGGUGUACUUGGAAGAUUGCUGUCCUGUGGUGUGGUUGUAUUACGCUGUCCAAGAACUGCUAUUGGAGAACCAAUGCUAACAGAUGUUGGGUUAGAAAGUUUUUGUAUAAAUUAUUCCACACUUGUAGAGUAGUUCUUCUUCUUUGCAGUGCACCCUUAGUGUUUUAUAACAGCCCAUUUGUACUGCGUUACUUUAGAACUGCCCUGUUUUUAUAUAUUGAUAUAUCAUCCUAUCUAUACAGUUUAUUAUUUUUUUUUUUUUUUUUACUUUUGAUGGCUUGCUCACUACACUGCAAAUUGUAGUGAACUGAAAAUCAGAUAGCCAGGUUUUGGCUGUAGCGAAAUUGGAGCUUUAUUUCCCAAUCAAUCGAAUUUUACAAUUUGGGUUCCAAUUCACUGGUUUAUUGAUUAAUACCUCCAUUUAAUAUUGUUGAAUAAGCUUUUCCAAAUUAUUUUAAUAUUUUUUGGUAAACGUUUAAAUAAUGUUUUUCAACAUAUUAAUAUCAAAAAAUGUUUCCUAUUAUAAAGUUCAAAUAUUUUUCUUAAUGCGUGACUACUUUCUUGCCGUUGAUAUUAUAUUUUCACAUCUUUUGUCUAUUCCAUUCACAAUAAAAAAAAAAAUGCCUUUGAAAAAUAUUUUUCAUAAUAUUAAAUAAUUUUAAAAGUUUAUCAAAAAAUAUUAAAUCAUUUGGAAAGCUUAUGCAACAAUAUUAAUCUGAGUCCCAAGAUAACUUCAAGCUUAUGUAGAUGUUUUAGGGGAUAAAAGCCGUUCAGCAAUGGGGAAAAUAAAAUAUCUUUGGCAAUGUAAAAAGCUCUUCUGAAACGCAAGCAUCUAUAAGGAUUUUUAGCUUCAUAAUCAAGAUGAUUUAUUUAAGUAUCUGCUGUGAUAUUGGUUUGUAUGACAAUAUCCAUGUCCAUCUAUAGUUUUGUUUGGUCAGGUGUUGUUAGAUUACUGGUAGUGGUUGCUAGAGUGGUGUAGUUAGACAUCUUUUAAUUAAGCAAUAUUUCGAGAAGUUUUUUUUUUGUUUUUUGUUUUUUUACAUUUCUGCUUGUGGUGUCCUUUCCAGAUCUCUGCGACUGCAACAUGUAGACUUUUCAAAUUGUACAGUAAGUACAGACGCUCUGCAAAACAUUUUUGCUUCCUGCUCCAGACUGCAGAACUUGGCAUUGGAAGGACUGGAGCUUUCUGAUGGCAUAAUGAGGUAAGAAACAACAAGCUACUUCUGCAAGUACAUUGGCUUGGCUGUGCAUAGCACAACACGCUUGGAAAUUGGACCAGAUAUAGAAAAGUUUGGCCAAAUCUUACUUAGUCUUGUAAUGCAGAUGGUAGACUCAUUCUUUAGAAUACUUGUGUAUUCCAGCACUAUUCAUUUUCUAUUCAUAUUACAAUUCACUUACAAUGCUCAUUCAAGCUAUUCUUACAGAAUAUGUAUAUAUUUGUUAGCAUUCUGUCACGUUAUUAAUUUUUUUUUUUUUUUUAUACCUUGCACAUUUUACAUUUUCGUUUUAGACGUUUUACAUUUCUGGACUUUUAGGCAUAUUAGACAUUUCUAGACUUUCUUGACAAAUUACUGUUAGAGCUUUAUAUAUGUUCUAUAUCCGGACUGCUUUUAAUCCUUGUUUGCUACAUCAGUCUAGAUCCAUGAAAUCAGUUUUGGUAUUUUUAUUCCAGCUCCAUUGCUCAGAAUUCAGAUCUCAUUCGAUUAAAUCUUGGCGGAUGCUCUGGGUUCUCUCCAGAGGCACUCACUGCAGUGUUAAAGAACUGUACCAAGUAAGACCUGUUGUAUGUCCUUUUAAUUGAUCUAAUGCCUUGUUUUUCAUUAUUAUAAGGGAAAUAAAAAUAAUGUGGGGUUUUCUUCCUGUCAUGUAAGUUUCAACCCACUACUGGCAAAAGGAUUUUCUCCCCCCCCCACCCCCGUAGUGAAAAGCUUUUACCUAAAUGUAACCAUCACACACACAGAAUAAAGAAACUAGAGAAAUGUGAUUAAAACAGCAACAUUUAUUAGAAUUAAAAUUAGAAGUGGUUAAUGACACCAAUACUAUUUUAAAGGACCACUCUAGGCACCCAGACCACUUCAGCUUAAUUAAGUGGUCUGGGUGCCAGGUCCAGCUAGGGUUAACCCAUUUUUUUUUUAUAAUCCUAGCAGUUUCAGAGAAACUGCUGUGUUUGUAAAUGGGUUAAUCAUUCCUCCAAUUUCUCUAGUGGCUGUCUCACUGACAGCCGCUAGAGGCGCUUGCAUGAUUCUCACUGUGAAAAUCACAGUGAGAGCACGCAAGCGUCCAUAGGAAAGCAUUGUAAAUGCUUUCCUAUGAGACCGGCUGAAUGCGCACGGGAGAAGAGGAGGAGGAUCGGAGGACGAGAGCUCCCCGCCUGGCGCUGGAGAAAGGUAAGUUUUAACACCUUUCCCUCCCCAGAGCCGGGCGGGUGGGGGCACCCUCAGGGCACUAUAGUGCCAGGAAAACAAGUAUGUUUUCCUGGCACUACAGUGGUCCUUUAAUGCAUUUGAUAGGUUUUGGCUUCAUUAAUAUGCUGUAUUUAAAAAAAAAAAAAAAAUUGCAUGCUCAAAUCUAUAUAGUUUUUGCAUAAAAUAAAUAAAUGUUUUGCACCAUAAGCCAGCCUCUUUAGCCACAUCCUCACUCCAGAAAAAUAAUUCCUUAUCAAAGGUAUGCACACAGCUCAGCCACUGACUGUAUUGAAUGAUCGGAAUAAAGCAACCUGCAUUAAAACGAGAGGACACCCAGGAAGUUGUACAGUAAGGAUAUGACUACAUGUUUGUAAUUUUAUUGUCUGCAGCCAAGUUGUAAAUUAAAAUCUGCUCACUCAGUGCUGUUGGAACUUAGAUUGUGUGUACCUUUUGAUAAUGACGUUUUUGCGGCUUGGCUAAUGAGGCAGGCAUAUGGUGCAUCAUUCUGAAAAACUUUUUUUUUUUUUUUUUUUUGCAAAAACUAAAAAUAUUUGAGCAUGAAAAUAUACGGCUGAAGAAAAAAAUAUAUAAAAUGAAUUCAAAUUUAUAUUUGUGCUUAGAGUGUCCUUUUAACAUUUGAGUAGUAAAAAAAAAUCCUGCAAUUAUUUAAUUUUUUUCACUUUUUAUAUUUCUGUUCCCAUUUUCUUGGAUUUUGUUUUUACAUUUUUAUUUUAUUUUAGUUUCUCUUGCUUAGACAAUGACCAGAUUUAAGUAGCCCUAACACAUUGAAUUUUGCCUGUUUAAAGUGAAUUAGUCCAAUUGCACUUAAUGCUUUGUAUUUUAAAAUGAUAUAUAAUAUAGUGUACUCUCUUGGUAAACACUGCUUUCCUUCAUUUGUGAUGCUAUAUUACUGAUGUUUUAAAUUAAUAAGUGCCACAACUACAUUGUGAAUCCCUGCAAUUGUGUGUCCUUGCCAUAUUACUUGAGUCUUACACAUUGAGCAGGAAGUCCAAAUUGUGAUUUUUAUAUUUUACUAAUCCGGUGACAUGUUCUUAUUCUAGGUUGAGCGAAUUCAAUCUGUCAUGGUGUGAUUUCACAGCAGAACAUGUUCAAACUGCAGCAAGCAAUUUUCCUAGUUCAAUUACUGAAUUAAAUUUCAGUGGUUACCGGCAGAACCUAGAGCAAUCAGGUGUGUAAUACAAGAAUGGUGAUCUAGUUGAGUUGCAGCUGGAUUAGAGAAAUAAGCAAGCACAUCACACAGAUAUUUAUAUUGGCUUGUACUAACCAGUCACUAAAAUCAAUCAAUGUUAUGCCAAUGUCCAGUCCUGUAGCCAUUUCUGAUUAUGGUUACUUAUCAGUGUUGGCCUGUGCUUCUUUCUUCUUGUCAAACAAUGGUAAUUGGGUGCUUUGGACCCAAACAAGACCUAAGUUUGUUUUAGGGUCUAGUGAUCUAGAGGCACCAUCUAAAAUGACAACUUACAAUUGAGGGUUCUAGGUCUUCAUAUAAAGUAUAAAUGCUAAAACAUUCAUAUAUGUGAAUGUCUGCAUCGAUAAAUUGGUUGUGUUUAGAUAUUCUCAGUCUAUUUAAUUAUCAAAUUUUACUGCCUUGCUGUAAGCAUAUUUUAAUGAGUGACUUCUCUAAUACAUUACUACAAGCCCUGACUUUGUGGCAUCUCCUCAAAGCUCUUAUUGGAACACCGCAGUGUUCUAAAUAAAUAUGUUUUGUUAGUCUUCGUGAAUGGGCCACUUUGUGUUAAAUAAUUUAAAGGGACACUUUAGUCACCUAAACAACUUUAACUCAUGUACUCUAGCACAAGUUAUUUAUGCUGGAGGAGUUGUUGAGAGGAAGGUUCCUAUGGCCAUAUGUGGUGGCACUGCAAAGUAAUGCACUGAUUGUGGGAAUAUGUCUUUAAACUGAUUAAGCAUUAAUGGGGCUGUCCUCCCAUUAACAAUAGAGAUUGUCAGUCUGACUGUUAAUUUCCACUAGCCAUUGGUGAACGAAGAUUCAGCCCUGGCAAGUAGAAAUUCAUUCAUGGUUAGUGUACUCUGGACCCUCCAGACUUGCAGAGGCAAGUAUCAUUUAGGCCUAGCAGCAUAAGACUUUGAGUUCUGAGUUACAGUAUUUUAAGAGUAUAUAGUGUACUAUAAUACAAGUCUUAUAAUUUUGUAUUUGUGUUUCUAUUACAGAAUUGGAAGGUUUAGCAGCAAGGUGCCCCAACCUUACAAGCCUAGAUUUAAGGUAAUAAUCAAAUCUACUAAAACUGGGUUUAGGUGGUGGUUUUUUUUUUUUGUUUGUUUGUUUUUUUAAUAUAGGAUACAUACAUAGGUAGGGCAGUUUGUGGUUUUAGGGACUAACAAUUUAAAUUAAUCUUAAUUGGUGUUAUAGUGGGAUUUUUGACCGAUUCCCACCCGAUAUCCCCUGAAUAGUGACUCCUCUUACUUGACUAAGUUCCAGGAAGUACACCCAAUUCACUGAAAUUUUCCAAAGAUUAAUUAACGAAGGAGAGUCCAGAUUGAAAGGCGCAGAAUUGUUUGUAAUUCCAAAUAGUCAUUCAAAUUGUAAUAACGGCUAAAUUUACACAUAAUUCUGCUGCCGGUUGUUAUAGCAUUUCUGCUGAAAAGUAUAGAAAAUGUCUAAACUGACUAAAUUAAAAUUCAUGAUAAAUUUUUAUCUCGUUUUACUGGAAAGUCUUAAUUAUUCCAAAUUAAGAUAUUUAGAAGUGGACUAAUGCAUCUAACCCUUUUCUUUACACAGCGACAGUGUUUUACUGACUCCAGAUUGCUUCGAUGUGCUCAAGCAACUUCCACACCUCCAGCACCUUGGUCUUAGUCGCUGCUAUCAAAUAUGUCCUGCAACACUGCUGUAAGAAUACACUUUAUUUUAAAUAGUAGCUUAACAUCUGUGCUUAUACGUAGCACACCGGACUACUAGUUUUGCAAAAUCUACAACAUAUGGCAUAGGUUUUCAGAAUGCAAUGCAUAAUAAACUGCAUGGUUUUGGUUGUAAAUACAAAAUGAUUUUUGUAUGCCAGAUUCUCAAUUUUAAUCUGUAAUCAUACUGGUUAGGUAUGUAACUUGUCCAAAUGUGGUGCAUUUCUCAGCAGUGGAGCUGCCGCAGAGACCAAAAUGUAUACAAAAUACAAAUUGAGGAACAGCAAACACACAAAAAUGUUUACAUUUUACAAGCCUAAUCAGCAAAAAACAAAAUGGGUUCCAUAUGGUUAUAUCGUGUUAAGCCAACCACCGUACCCCAAUAUCAGUGGGCUCUAAACCAAUUCUAACUUAGGAGACAAAUCGUGCUAAAUGAGCUAAAGUGUAUUUAAUUGGUUGUAAGAGCAUUAUGAUAUAUAAUUUAUCUCCCAUGUUAUAUAAUUUAUCUCCCACAUUGGAAUUAGCGUACCAUAUAUACUCGUGUAUAAAUUGAGAAAUUUUAGUCCUAAUCUUCAUUUUAAAAUGCAGAGUCGACUUGUCCACGGGUCCGCGCUAGUUUCGAUAUGCGUGGCAAUGUUGCCUCCCGAACGCCGUUCUCCUAGCUGGUUGGGAAGUCGAAUGGGCUGGGUUACAGGUUUCAGCGGGGUACGCAGGCUUUUGUAGCCGACUCAGAGACCUAUGCCGUCGACGAACAUGUGGGUUUGUAUAUACGAAUGGCAGCCACCCAGGGAAUGCUUGUUUGCGGUCAGUGAUUACGAGGUGUUAACAAGGGGGGACCACACAGUGUCUGUUCGGCAACCGAACAGAAGAGGAACAAUUCCAUUUGAAAAUCAUACCCUUGACUUAUCCACGAGUCAUAGCAUAUUUCACAGAUGUUGGUCAAAAAACUGCACUCGAUUUAUACACUAGAUCGACUUAUAGACGAGUAUACACGGUACCUAUAUAUAAACUUACUGCUCCAAUAAUUUUUCAUGUUUCUUCUUGCAGCGAGUUUGGAAAAAUCAGCUCUCUGAAGACACUUGAAGUGUUCGGCAUAGUGACAGACAGUUCGUUGCAGCUACUAAAAGAAUCCCUUCCUCACAUAAAGAUAAACUGCUCCUUCUUCAGCACUAUUGCCAGGCCCACCAUGGGAACAAGCAAGAGGAACCGAGAGAUAUGGGGAAUUAAAUGUAAACUAACGCUUCUUCAAACAGAUGCUUUGUGGCCAGGAGAUUUCCUAUAUCCAACAGAUACAUGAAGUUGACUGUGAAGCUAUGAUCCUUUGACGAGACUCAUUUGGCUUUUGGUUUUAUACUUGAAACUGCAAAGAUUUUGUAACAAUGGACUUUUUAUUAUUUUUAUUUUUUUUAAAUGGAUAACAAAAAUAUUUACAUUUUUGCACAAGCCCAUCUGUGCAGUACAAAAUAUGGAAGCGAUGUGAUAAAACUAAUUUACAAGUUAGGCACUGCCUGAGGUGUUUUAAGGAAUCAAAAUACACUAGCUAUUAGUGAAUACAUCUCCCAAGGCUAUGCCUAGCAUACAAGCAUGGGGUAUGUAGUUUAUAGGUUGCCAUGGAACUUCUGAUUAUCUACCGCUGAGAAAUGAUGAUGAUUAGAAGGCUAUUGACUGGUCUAACAUCUGGAAUGCAUUCAUGUACUAGUAAAAAUGUUUUACUUGUACAACUUAGUAGACUUUUUUUUUUUUUUUUUUCUUCAAAUGCAUCCUUGAAAUUCUAUUAAGAAUGCGGUCUGCCAUUGAUUUGACAUGGAAACAUGCUAAUCCACUUGUAGGUCACAUCACUGUCUGGGAAUACAGCAUUCUAUAUCUCCAUAUCAUUGGAGCCAGAAAUGUGUGUCUAGAACAUAGCCAGAUUCAGUGAUUUAUAAGUUAUUCACUAAACUGAAAAAAUAAACAAUCUCAUGCUGGAAAUUACAUAUAAUAAUUGUAAAGAGUUUUCCCAAUUUGGCCAAUUUCCCAGUCAAUUCCUGACAUUACUGUAAAAAAGAAAGUAAGGGCUGAACUCAAUGGUGCUAACUGAGCUUGGGUCAGCACUUCCCAUGUGCAUGUAAUAUUAAGAAAAAAUGCUCAGGCAGAGCUUAAUGGAACACCAAAGUGCACAGCAACGUUUCGAUCUCUACCAAGGUCUUUGUCAAGCCUUGACAAAGACCUGUGUACAGGUCGAAACGCUGCUGUGCACUUUGGUGGUCCAUUAAGCUCUGCCUGAGCAUUUUCAUUUUUUUUAAAUUCCUGACAUAAUGACCUCUUCAUAUCAAUACAAUUGCUGCCAAAUGUUACUGGCACCUUGAUGUCCACACAUUAAACAUCAAGUUUAAACCGUAUCCAUUUACUUUCAGGUUUACAUUUCCAUAAACUCCGGUGCACAUUGCAAACUUUACAAAGAACUAAAGAAUGCUGUAAUUUUAUUUAUAUAUUUUAUAUAUUGUGUCUGUAUAAGAAGGAAGGUUAUGAAAUUGCACGUCAACACUGAGCAACCCAACAUUUGUACUUGUUCCAUGGGCUGAAUCUAGGAUUAACAAGUAAACAAACAUCAGGGUUAAUGUUUUCUUUUUAGUCUUGCAGUUUUUAGGAUGGGUGAUAUUUAAGAUAUGAUAGUUUCUUCUUACAAAACACAUGAACCUAAGUUGUUUAUAGCUAAAGGUCCACAGAAUUAACUGUUGUCAUUACAGCUGUUGGCUAAUCAUGUAAAUGUAGCCCACAAUAGGUGUCAUGCCAGCUGUUUUAAGCUGCAAACUGAAUUUGAAAGACAUAGACAAAUAUGCUUAGGUUAACUGUUUUGGAAAUUUAUGUUCCUGCUCUAUUUUAUUUUUCUUUUCUUCUAAUGCACUCGCAUUUUUGAGGAGUAUGUGUAUUUAAAAUUGAAGAAAACGUAGAUCUAAAGUUGGCAGGUGCAAGUGUAUUUUGUAUCAAGUUUGUCUUCUCCUCUUCUACAACUCCUAAUGCAUUUGAAGUUGUGGGGUAACAUGCUUUUAUACACAGAGCCGUACUACUGUCAUGCACAGACAUGGAAAUAAGUGUCUACAUACAAGAUUCACCAUGACAUAGCCACGUGGUGAGCUGGUUGGAAGGAUAUUGUGGCAUUUAACUUAUUUGGGAUGCAUGUACCUUAAACUGCUUUAAACAUGAACUGCUGUUUGCUGUGCGUAAACAUCUUUUAAAUAGUCCAGUUUUGUCUACUAGUGGCAUUUCUCAACAGGUAUGCCACUAUACCAGAAUUUAACUGGAUUAUUGACAUUUUUUACAACCAAAAGACUAUGCUGGCAUGCAAAUAUACCCAUGUUGCACGGUCUAUUUUAAUUAAUUACUGACUACAUUUUCACUGGCUGUGUUGCAGUGACAUGUAGUGUUAAGCAUGGCAAUUUCUCCUUGAACGUUAAAACUAUUCCUUAAGUCAACAUUCACGAGUACAGGGUUAGAUGUCUUAUAUUCACACAAAUCCUAAACUUAAAUAUUUUUAUUUUUAAAUCUGAGUUCACGUUAAACAAGUAUAUUUCACUUCUUUUGAUCUUAACACAUGAUACAAUUAUUUAGUUGCUAAACGAAGAAUGUUUGUUGUUGGCUUCUGUACUUUUCUGUACCAUGUAAAACAAAAACAUUUCUUAGUUUUGUAUACACUCUUUAUGUCACAAUUUUACAGAAGCCUCCUUAAAGGAGCCUGAACUACACGUCUUGGGGUGUUGGAAAACCAUGUGAGCAAAGUAAUCCUCGUUAUGAAUGUAAAAUAUCAAUCCUGUACUUUAGUGUAUACUUCAAAUAAUGAAAGCAUGACCGAAAACACUUGCUAAUUUUCUAAAGUUGUAAAUAUAUAUAUAAUUGUAAUAAACUCUUGGGAGUUGACUGAAAUCUAAUAGCAGGCAAGUUGUGACUACUAGAGUUGGAGAAUAUUACAAAUUUGCGAUUUUGAUUUCAGUUCAGUAAAUUGUAGUUUAGUGGAAACCACAGUGUUUUUGAAACAAUUUCACAUUGAGCCACAUUCUUGGCAAUCCACAUAUUGCAGUUUAUUCCAAGUGUUUUCUCAAGAUCUAUUCUUGAAGCAGCUCCUUAUGCAGUUAGAAUUGAAUUUGCCAGGGGUUAAAAAAUUGCAAAGAGAAUUGGUGAAAACUGCAAUUGCAAACUUCAGGUUAAAAAAAAAAUUACUACCCCUUUCCAUCUCGACUAUUCUGACCUAACAUUUGUCAAUCUUUUGUAUUUUCAGUUUGAUACAUAAUCCCUAGUAAAAGUCUUAUCAUGGGUUGUUUACCUGGUUAUUUGUGCUCCAAGUAAAUGUAUGCUCUAAAAGAUUUUGGGGGGAACUGAGUUGGAACAAAGCAUUUUUGUAUUGUGAUCUUUCAUUAAAAAA